GCGAUUAAUUCCGGUUCAUCGAUUUUGUGACAUGUAACUGCUGCUCGAGGGUUUUGUGACAGGUUCCCCUCAACCAUUAAAAAUGCAUACCCCAAUGGACACAAUGAUCUACUCCCCGUCCACGAACCUCGUGGACGCGGUGAUCGACGAGGUAGCACUAGAGGGUCUCGAUGGUAUCACCCUGGAAGCCCUGUGGCAGCGCCUAGCGAUAAGACUCCAAAUCAAUCACCCCUUUCCCUUUCCCCUGAUGGAGCAAAUCUGGUCCAUCUGCACCUCCACAAACAACCUCCUCUUCUACGAGUUGGAGACCCCCAGACCCCCUCUGGUAAUCUACGACCGUUACGAGUUCGUGGACCCAGAGAUGGGGACAAUCCUCGAGCCCGAAGUGGUCCCCGAGGACAUUUACGAGCAUUUCCCAAUCGACGACACGAAAACAGGGGUCAGAGGUUCCUGCAAGAGCUACCACACAAGACAACCCAUUGACUCCAUCAGAACCAUGAGCCUGGCCUUUGCAGACGAGAAAUACGGCCAGAAACUAGUGAUCGUUGGCUCUCAAGCCACGAGGCAGAACUCCCUCAUGGGUGACUCUGUCUGUCCCACUCUGGAGCUCACCAUCGUGCAGUACUGCUUCCUGGAGCGGGUGGGAAGGGCCAGAUAUCACGGGGAAGUCACCCAGGGCAAGCGCAGCCUCAGCAUCCUAGGGGAAGAGCCAAAGUCCCUGUUCUACCACAGGAAAUACCUGACGAAGCACAGAAUGAUAACGAAACAGGUGCACCACCAGAAGAUCUCUGGCCAUGGCACGAGUGGAAGCCUGCUGCACCUCCCCAGGUUCUUCGUCGAACGAAAACCCAAGAUGAUUUACCUUGCCGAGAAGAUCGUCGAAAUCCUGAAGACUCGGGAGAACUAUAUCGCUGAUUACAGUGAGAUCAAGAAGGAACUGCAGAUAGACAGGACGAUAAAAAAUCUGUUCAAGUUGGCGGUCUUCCAGAAGGUCGCCAGGACCGAUCUUCUGGUGCCUUACAGAACACUGUACCCUCAUGCUGACAUUUCAGAGUGGCAGAGGAAGGGCUGCGCCAAGGAGAAGAGGAUCAAGGCUAUCCAGCUGCUGGAUCCAAACAUUGAUCUCACUGAGCUGUGGAAUAAAGAGGAUCUGGAGGAAGAGGAGGUGUACGAUCUGGACAUAUCGAAGCAGAAGGUCAACGAGCCCCUCCUCAAGCAGGCGAAUUUGUACGUCGAGAGUUCCAGCCAUGAAGGAUUGAGUCAGACAGAACUGGGGAAGAGUAUGGGUGUGACUAAACUCCAGUCGAGAACGAUCUUCAGAAAUCUGGCGAAGAUGCAUGUCGUGGGGAUUUACAUGAACGACAUGGGACGUCAGAGGAUCACCAAAUACGUGUCCAAGAGGUUCGAGAAGAACAGUAGGAUCAGCAAGCAGUUCAAGACUGAAAUGACCAAGAUGAAGGCGCUCACGAAGACGUCACAUGCUAACAAUCCUCCUCAGCCUGUGCCAUCCCCUCCGGAGCCCAUUAAUCCUCCUGCAGAGGACCUCGUGGAAGAGAGGAUGGAAGUGGCCACUGAAGAACUCCCUCCAGUCCCCAAAUCCUCGAGAGAAGACCUCAAGGUGCUGUUCUCAUCAGCCAAUCGAACCCUGAAGAAGUACAAGCUCCACAAAAUCCAGAGAUACCAGGUCACCCAUCAGAAUUUUUCUAAAGAAGAAAUCAAGACGCUCCACUCAAGAAUAAGAAAAUUAUCAGACCAAAUGAAAAAGAAUUCAAUGUUCCCUGCAAAACGACUCAAACUUCUGGACCCAGCAGAGCCUCCAGAAGUGGACGCCUGCGAUAUCCUCCUCCAAGAAGUCAAGGUCCCUGAGAAGCCCAGAGGCGAACUGAGGAGUCUCCUAAGAGAACUGCACUCAGAGGAGGCCCAGAACACUGGCACCAUCACCUACAGAAUCCUGAAGCGCUCCAACAUGAUAAUAGAAUCCGUGAAAGAGCACAAAGUGAUCGACGACAUGACGAAGCUCAUGCGAAUGAUCAACGAGGAAGAGGAGCGUGAGGGAUACGACGUGAAGAUGGACAAAAAAUCCCUGAUCAGACUGCUGCAAAAGCUGGCAGGUGAGAACCUAGUCAAGAACAUCAACCUAACUCUGACAUCCAAAGGAAGAAAGAAGAGUCUCACUUUCAUUUGUGACCCCAGCAUCGACGUUAACCACACGGUGAUCCAGUCAGCUGUGGAACAAGCCAGGAUUAAAUUCUGCGUGAUGAAGUGCCACAAGUCAAAGUCCAAUUCUUCAGAGGAUGACGAUAAAUCAGCCCACAAACGAGUGAAGAGGAAGUCCAAAUUGGACACAACUUCGUUGGAUGUUCCUGGAGACAUAAGGUACGAUCCAAAGGCUGGGAGGAGGUACGGGUACAGUCCAAAGUUCGUCAGGAUGAAGAUAAUCCACUUGCUGCUGUAUUACAUCAUUCAUGAUUACCCCACAACGCCUCCUCUCCCUCGAUCCCAACAGAUCCAGCGUCUUCGAGCCAGAGGAUACCAGAUCGACAGUAAAAUGGAGAAGGAAAUGGGAACGAUAUACAAUACUCAAGUUGGCUGGAAGAUGUUCAUCCCUCCGUUGGCUCCCCACAAUGGCUGGCCCCAUGGCUGGGUCCUGAUGUGUGACAUUCUCCACAGAAUCCCAUUGUCGAUCCUCGUCAAGUUCUACAAUCUCCCUUACCGAAUGUCAGAACUCGAUUACUACCUGGACGACCCAAUCAGGAAGCACACUCUCAUCAAAGACCUCCCCACGCCCCUCAGGAAUGCUCUCCUCUUCAACAGAAAGUACAUCUUCAGCUUCCACGAGACAAUAUCGAGACUCUGCUUCAUCGGACUGAUUCAGUUUGGCCCUCAGAAGCUGAAGGAGAAGGACCAGGUGUUCCUCUACCUCAACAGAAGAAGCGAGCUCUUCGACACAACAACGUCAGCCCCCAGUUACCACAAAAUCGAUGAGCAGGAGUACCUGAGACAGCCCUACUACUUCGACAAGAUGCAGGUGGUGGAGAAGUACUGGUACGACAUGUGGAACAUCUGCAUCAACACCCAAUUGGGGGGAAGACUGGCGGUUCAGGGGACUGACAUAAUCCUGGAGGACCUAGCCAAGAAACCCGAGAUAAUGGAGACGUUGAAGGCUCGUUCACCGGAGGAAGCUGAACUCCUCGAUAUUGGGACGCUGCCUGGGGACAAGAGGGGGGCAGCUGGCAUUGACUCCGCCUUCUUCGCUCACCUGAAACGAAACUGGAACUGGGAGAACUUCAACCAGCACUGCACAUCCAUCCCUGAUCCCAAGAAAUCCCCUGUUAAAACCACUAAAAGGAACAUUCACCUCUCCAAGAUCGAGGCGAAACCCCUCAAAUUCACGGAGUUCAAGGGCCUCAAGAAGAGUGGCCCCACGAACUUGGAUGCCAACGAUCUGAAACUCCCCAGUGGUCAGAAAUCCACUUCCACUUCAGAUAAGCACCUGAGGCCCAAGGCGCUGGCAGCCAAGAUGAAGAAGCAGCACGCGAUAGUGAGAAGGGUCCUCCCCAGGAAGCAACAGAAGAAGGGAAGGUCGAAAGUCAAGUACGAUGACAUUGACUACUCAGCUCUUCAGAAGAUGGACAAGCUUCGAGUCGAGUGGGAUCCACGUGAGGACAACAUUCUCCUCGUCUGCAGGGUCGUAAUGACCUACUUGUGCCCAAACCCGAGGAGACAAGUGAUUAAUUGCACUGCAGUUCGAGACGUCCUGAGGUUCUACUCCUCGAGUUCCCAUAACAAGACGUCGAGAGCCUGUCAGAGGAGACUACUGUACAUGCUGAAGCAGCCCCAGACGAUGCACUCGGUGGGCCUCGGGGUGGAAGAGAUCAAGCAGAAUUAUUACGUCCACAAGAGGUACAACAACAUAGUGGACAAAAUCAAACAGGAACACCCCGACGACUCGGAGGAGAGGAUCAUCGAGGUGUUCAAGACGCUGGUCUCCUACGUAGCGAAGAAAUACUACGACAUCUCAGAGUCUGAGACGAAGGAGGCUGGACGCAUGCCAAGGACGAUUCAAGAGUUCAAUUUGUUUUAUGAGACAACUCAUCCCCAGAAGCCCCACAGCCACUUGGGCUUCACUCAGGACGUCAGAAGUACCAACGACAUCCACACAGCAACCAUCAACUCAGUCAUCUACAGCUCCAUGUGCUGUGGGAAGGACCGCAGGUCCUGGGCGUAUCAGCUCUUCAGGAUCUACCAACAGUACUCUGAACUACUCCUCAAGAAUGCCAUGGGGAAGAUCAGGGCGGAUCACAUGGUGUCCGUGAAGAAGCAUUACCUGAACGCCAUCAAGAAAUUUGGUAACUGCAUGCCAAUGAGCUCAUCGCAGUACCAAUUGAGCACGGCGUACCUCCAUAAAUUUCAGACCAAAGUCCCUGCUGAGGUUUACGAGGAGAUCUUCGAGUUCCUGAAGGCUGUUGUCAAGGGGCACGAGGAUAACACUCUCGGAGAUGUCGGUGGGGUCGAGGUGGUGCCUCCAACCGGUGGAAUGGUGGUGGGAAUUCCGGAGUAUUUCGUUGACGAGGCCAUCGAGUUCAAUGUCGAGAUCCCUGAUCACGUAAUUGCGCUUGAUCCCAAGCUCCAGGAGUACGACGAGACGUACAUUAGGAUUGCUAAGCGAUACCAGGAUAUCCUCACCAGCCUCCAGCAUUCCGAUCUUCAGAGCGAUGCCCCUUCGACAUCUAGAGCUCCUCCACGUGCUCCUGUCAUCAAACCGACUAAAGUGGAAGUGGCUCAGAGGACUGAGGGGACUUCAGACUGUGAUAAGACUAAAGUCGACAUGGAAAGUUCUCUCCCCAAGUCAUCUGCGAGGAAAUUGGGCCCUGCGAAGACCCACUGGGCUCAGAAGGGACUGAAAAAGCCCUUUUCAGGAGAGGAACCCAGCACUGAUUACGAUUCAACCUUAGAAGACUCCAAAAACGAUCUUGAUGAUGACGUCGAGAAUGACUACAUCAAGCUCCAGGAUGGGACUAUAAUCCCAAUCACCAAAGAAGACGUUGAAUUUGCUAAAUCAACUCCAGUUGACGACUCUAUUCACCAGGCUUUCCUGAAGACUAGAACCGAAGAACUCGAGGAUGUCUCGACGUUCAGUGCAGUUGACAAGCUCAAGGACAUCGUCGCAGGCCACCAGACCACUAAAAUGGAGGUGGACCUUGCCCACGAUCACCAGGAGAACAGAGAGGAGAGGAUGGACACCUCUGAAGACAGCUCGACGAUUAUUUCCCCAGAAACUCCAACUGCGAAGACCUCCAAUUACCUGAAUGACAUCAUAGCGACAAUGGACAGAACAAUAGAGACUGAAUACUCUCAGGAUGAAAAUAGCAAGGACUCUGGUGACAGUGGCCCUCGUCACACGAGAAUAGCUCUUCUGACGAUGCGAGAGGAGCUGAAUGAAGACGUUCCUGACAGUCACCACGCACAUGAGUACUUCGUGGUGAAUACCUUCGGGGUAUUCUACUCAUUCCCUCGUCUUCGAGGGAAAGCUGAGGAGAAUCCUGACCGCAGUCUGAUUAAAUCUGGGGGGUUACUUAUGGUGGAGGAGGAUGUGUACAAGAGAGUUCUUGCUGACUUGAGAAAAUUCGCAGUUUUUCCUAAAGAAUUCCCGGAGUAUGCUGAGGCAAAGAAGUUGUCGCAGCAGGAGGGGAUCGAAGGGGCUGAUGUUGACAUGGUCUACGAAUUUGUGAGGGAGAGGAGGGAGCAGGGAGCCACUAUGAGGCAACUGGUGAUGAGAUUUCAUGGAAGACUUGAGAGACAAUUGUACGAUAUCCUGGCCUUGAUGACUGAUCACAGGUUGUUCUUGCGAAGUGGAGUGACAGAGAUGCACUACAUUCAUCAUAAUUUCGUGGAUCCCUGGUUGAUACAGUCGAUAAGGAUCAUGAGGCUGCAGAAGGAGGCCCUCCCUCCGGUACCACCUGGAAUAGUCUACGUACUGAAUUCUGAGGGCGAGAGUGCGGAGGGUUCGAAGAAACCUGAGGCCUCUGGCAGCAGUAGGAAGACUCCUAGUGAACAGGGGAGUCCAACUCUGCCUGCAAAUGAUCAACAGAAGAAUCCCCAGAAAAAGAGAACGUGUCUCCUCCAGACCAAGGACAUUUACACAGCAGCCAAGAAACUUGACCUGAAUUCAGCUGAGGAUAUAAAUGUGGUUGUGAGACCCUGGAUUCAGAUUGAUGGCUUGCUCAACAGGAAAAGCCUCGAACAGAUGCUUGGAGCUGUCCUUGGACACUGUCUCAUGCAUCCUGGGAUUAUUCUAGUCAAAGUUCAAGAACGAUUUAUCCCGGCUCUGCAGCCUUAUCACACGAGAGAGCUCGUUGAGAUUCUGGUGAAGCUGGGGUGUUUACGAAUUAGGGUCCUCCAGAAGGGGUCGGCUAAUCUGCUAUCUCGUUCCAUCUUCACGGGAAUGACUCUUCCAAUUAGGGAGGAUGGGGAGACUGAGUAUGAUGAUGAGAUGGUCAUCGAGCCGAGGCUGGGGGCUGUCGUCAAGUUUUCAAGCUUUUUGAGGAAGAAUCGAGAACAGCUGUAGGGGAAUCGGCAGGAGACAAGGUUUUUAAGUUUAUUUUUAUUUAAGAUUUGAUGGAGAUUGGGUUACUAGGAAAUGACAUUUACGUUGAAGCGUUUCAUUUUCUCAAGGUAUGAAGAGAAGAUUAUCUUCAUGCGUUGGAACACCAGAAUUUCGUUAUUUGUUUCAUUUGUGAUUUAUAAGGGAAUUUGGGUUUCUAUAAAAUUCAUACGGAGGAGCGAAAAUUUGUGGAUAGUAUUGACUUAAAUCUGUAAAUAAUUCCAAGUUCGGAAAGAAUAAUUUAUCUCUGAGAAACGAAGCCGAAACGAACUGCAGCAAAAUUGAAACCAAAAAUGCGAGACUACAAAUAUUCGUCAUUCAUGAUUCUUGAGAAUAUUUAAACUAUAAAAUUCACUACAUAGAAAAGGAAGAAUCUUGAUGAAUGAUAUUCACAUAAAAACUUUACAUACUUCCAAAAAUCAUAAAGAAUAAUAAGUUCAUGAGGAUGAAUCGAGAUUAACCGCAGUGAAAUGGAAAUUGAAAUACGCGAUUUUCAAAGUAUUCUUUAUUUAUGAUUGAUAAUAGCAUACGUGGCUCUAUGAAAUGGUGUUCAAGUUGAAUCCGUUCACAUUCCUAAAGGUAGGAAGAACGAAAUAUCUUCAUACAUUAAAACACAAGGAUUUCGCAAUUCGUUUUAUUUGUAAUUUAUAAGGAAAUUCGAGGUUCUAAAAAAUUUACCAUACGUUGGAGUGAAAAUCUGUGUAUGGUAUUGACAUUAGAACUGUAAAUAGUUCCAAAGAUCAAAAAGAAUAAUUUAUAUAUGAGAAACGCAACCGAGACGAGCUGCAGCAAAAUUGGAACCAAAAAUGCGAGAAUUCACAAAUAUUCUUUAUUCAUGAUUCUCGAGAAUAUUUGGUUUCUUUGAAAUCAUGACAUAGAGGAAAGAAGGAAGAAUUGUAGUGAAUGAUAUUCGCAUAAAAACUUGACACACUUCCAAACGUCUCAAAGAAUAGUAAACUUAUGAGAAUGAAUCGACAUUAACUCCAGUGACAUUGAAAUACGCGACUUUCGAAAUAUUCUUUAUUUAUGAUUUAUAACAGUAUAAGUUAGCUCUAUGAAAUGGCUUUCACGUUGAAUCCGUUCACAUUCCUAAAGGCAGGAAGAGGAAAAUAUCUUCAUACAUUACAACAAAAGAUUUUCAAAAUUCAUUUUAUUCGCGAUUCAUUAGAAAAUUCGUGUUUCUUUCGAAUUUAUCAUGCGUAAGGGUAAAAAUCUUAGAAUAUACUAUUUACAUUGGAAGUGUAUAUAUUUCAAAACAACAAUUUCAUGACGAAUCGAGGCUCACUGCAGUGAAAUUGAAUACAAGGUUUUCGAAAUCCUUUUAUUUAUGACGCGUAAUAGCAUCCAUGUCUCCAUGAAGUUAUGUUCACGUAAAACUGUAAAUAUAUCUAAAGACAAAGAUUCGAAUCAGUCCUGGAAUUCAAUGAUCCAAACUAUGAUUUUAUUCAUGGCUUAUCAUCCAAUUGGUGUUUCCAUAAAAAUCAUUAAAAGAGAGGAUAAAUCAGUGACUGUAUGAUUUUGACGUUGAAAUUGUACAUAUUUCUAAAGACAAGAAAACAAAAUUUUUUCCACGUUAAGGAAUCAACGCCCUCAGUAGUGAAUUUGAAAUCAAAACAAAAGGCUUUCGAAAUUUUUUUUUAUUUAUGAUAACAUACGCGUCAAUAUAUUUUUUAUUCUAUUAAUUUAACAAAGGAGAAUAGGGAAAUUAAAUUCGUUGAUUAGACGUUUGUUCGGUUUGUAGGCUUCACAGUGGGAAUUUAAUGAAAACCGAUCAGUUUCAUCAUUCUCUUUAUUCAUGAUUCGUAAUAACAUACGUUGUUUCUAUAAAAUUCAUUAUACGUAAGAAUAAAUAAGUUACUGUACGGUAUUUACUUUUAUAACUGUACAUAUCUAAAUAUACGAAUCGAAAAACA